UAACAACAUUCAAACCAACGUUUAUGACUGAAGUUUUGACACUCGUGAAAAAGCAAGUGCAAAGUCGUUUGUGAGAUUAUGUGUGACAGGUGAUUAUUUCAAUGGUGUUGAAGUGUGGAUGGAUGUUGAAGUUGACGUUUAACGAUCCAGGGAACAGUGAACAAAUGGUGUUAAGUGUAGGCCGAUCCUUCCAUAUAUAGCAUCGUGAGAUAGAUAGAUAACACAGGCUUCAUUUUAAGAGCCUUAUACAAACGGUCACAAUGACUGUUAUGGAAUUUUUUGGAUGUGCCUUCCUGGCCUUUGGUCCACCGCUUGCAAUGUUUACAUUUACAAUAGCCAAGGAUCCUAUUAGAAUUAUAAUUUUAAUUGCGAGCGCAUUUUUCUGGCUGCUGUCAUUACUGAUUUCGUCGUUAUGGUGGUUUAUAGUAGUUCCACUUAAAAGCAAGUUGGCGUUUGGGCUGGUUUUCUCAGUGUUUUUUCAAGAAAUCUUUAGGUUUCUUAUUUAUAAAUUGCUCCAGAAAGCUGAAGUGGGUUUGAAGAAAGUAACCGAUGCAGACACGCAGAUCACAAACAGCAAGCAUGUUUUGGCCUAUGUGUCUGGCAUGGGCUUUGGUGUAAUGAGUGGUGCAUUUUCAUUAGUAAAUGUACUGGCAGAUGCUGUUGGCCCAGCAACAAUGGGUCUCAAGGGUGGUUCUGACUUGUUCUUCAUAACAUCAGCAGCAUUCACACUUUGCAUGAUUCUCCUUCACACGUUUUGGGGAGUAAUAUUCUUCUCUGCUGCUGACAACAGGAAUUACCUACAAAUCGUGUGGGUUGUUGGCAGUCAUUUGACAGUUUCUUGCCUUACGCUGAUGAACAGCCAAAUGUGGUACGCAGCUACACUUAUACCAUCGUAUAUUAUUUUGUUGAUCAAUGGAAGCAUUGCAUUCAGUGUGGUUGGAGGAAGUUUAAGAAGUUUGGGAGCCAGCAUGUACUUAAAAGAACGAAGACAUAUUUCAGAAAAUGGACAAUCAUUAACAGUGGACUAAUACAGUUUUGCACGAUUAGGAGUAAAACCUGAAUUGAAGGAACUUGUUUAAACUUUUUUAAUUUAAGACUGCUGCCAAUUUAUUAAAAUUUGUGUACAUUUUAUAAAUAUUUAGUACAUCAAUUUUAUAUUGAAUGCUAGUGUUCUCUCCUUUAACUUAUCUUCAGAACCUCAAAAUCAAACUACCAUGUGGAUGUCAUGUCAUUUCAUGAUGAUGUGAGAAAGAAAUCUGACUGCAUAAAUGUCGUGCACAGCUUAUAUUAGUGCCAUGAGAUUUUUUAAAAUUUGUUCUGCAGGAACAAAGACACACAACCAUUCCAAAAAGCACAUGAAACAAAAUACCACUCAAUAAUUUUUACACUGUUUUAAAUUUGUGACUGAUAGACUUUAAAAAAAUCUGGAGACUGAUAUAGACCUGUAUCAGGUACAGCAGCUAAAAUUUCAUUCAAAUUCUUGUGAAUCAGCUGUAUCUGCAUACUACUGUAAGUCUGUCGGAGGAUACGGCAUUUUGACAAUAAACAAUCCUUUUUUAUUUCAAA